UUGUGGCUUUUGUCUUUCUUUCGCAUUUCGACUCGGUUGUUUUGCAUGAGCGCGUCACGUAACUUUAAAAAAUGGAAUAUAUUAUUCUCGAUAAUCCUCCUUCCACUUCUAGACUUACUUUUUGAAUCUGUACAGACAAGUUCUUAACAGAAAAAAGUACAAUAGAGCGACUGCGCACAGUAAGUGUUUUCCCGUUCUUUAAGAGCGUGAUAUUAUAAGUUAACCGUACCGAGGUCACGAGAUGAACUCUAAUUUGAAUCAAAAGUUAUCGAGUAGUGGAAAAUGGCGUCAUCCGAGUCAGCUGAAAACCUGCUUGCGGGCUAUGACGACCAAGAUAGCGAGCCCUACGAAGAAAUUCCACAAGAAAAUCCGAUUUCUCUGAAACGUUCUUUGGGAAUUCCAGGUGGAACUGCUUUUCUCAUCGGCACGAUAAUCGGCUCCGGCAUCUUCGCGACACCGAAAUGGGUGCUGUUUUACGUCGGUUCAGUUGGCAUGUCCUUGGUGAUGUGGGCUUUCUGUGGGGUGAUUUCUCUACUUGGAGCACUGUGCUACUGCGAAUUGGGAACUUUGAUUCCAAAAUCAGGUGGUGAGUACCAGUAUCUGCUGAAAGCAUAUGGUCCUCUUCCAGCUUUCCUGUACGCGUGGAUGUCCGUGUUGUUUAUGAACCCGGCUAGUCAGAUUAUGGUCCUAUUAGUAUUUGGAGCCUACACUGUCGAGGCGUUUCUACCGGGAUGUAGAAGUCGUGAAGAGUAUGUUCCGCUUAUUAAGUUACUAGCAGCUGCAGCAUUAGGCGUUAUCACCUUUGUCAACUGCGCAAGCUUGAAAUGGGCCGUUCGAAUACAGAUUUUCUUUACUGCGGCCAAGAUGAUCGCCAUUUUUAUGUUGGUAUUCACAGGAAUUGUUCGCUUAACACAAGGCUAUACAAAUGCCUUUGAAAACGCAUUUAACGGAACUAGUCCAGAGAUAGGGAAAUUUGCGUUUGCCUUUUACAAUGGACUAUUUUCAUACAAUGGAUGGAACCAACUGAAUUAUGUCAUAGAGGAAAUAAAAAAUCCCGAAAGGAACCUUCCGCUGAGCAUUUUCAUUGGUAUCCCUCUUGUGAUAGUGUGCUAUCUGUUGGUGAUUAUUGGAUACCUUACGGUGCUUACACCACAGGAAUUUCUGACUACUGAUGCGGUUGCUGUCACCCUAGCAAACCGGUUAUAUGGAGUCAUGGCUUGGAGUAUUCCAAUACUCGUCUCUUGCUCCACGUUUGGUUCCGCCAAUGGCAGUGCCUUUUCUGGAGGAAGAUUAGCUUUCGCUGCCGCAAGAGAAGGUCAUCUUCCUCGCUUUCUCGCCAUGAUUCAUACCAAGCGAAGAACCCCUCUCCCGGGGCUCAUAUUCUCUAGUAUCAUUUCGUUUGUGAUGAUUAUUCCUGACUCUUCGUCUUUUGAGGUGCUUCUAAGCUAUAUGGGAUUCUUCACCUGGUUCGGCUAUUUACUUUCUAUCUCAAGUAUCAUUUGGCUGAGGUACAAAGAACCUGAGGUCAGGCGACCAUUCAAGGUAUGGUUUGGAAUUCCCAUAUUCAUGGUUGUGGUUUCAUUGUACCUGGUAAUUGCGCCCUUUUAUGAGACCCCACUACAAUCAUUUUAUUGCGUGCUGUUCGUUUUAACUGCAAUUCCAUUUUACUUGGUGUUUGUUCGAUAUGAAGUGGUUCCACGGUGUUUCCUACAAACUUCAAACAAUCUGCGACGUGGCGCUUCCUGUGGAGGAAGGAGACAUUGAGGCAUCUUCGUCAUUGAUGAGCCAACUAUCUGAAUAGAAACAAACCAAGAAUGGAAAGGAGGAAGGAUUCUUGUUAUAGACCUGAAAUAACCACGAGAAGAAAAAAUUAACCUUGAUAGAAAUAGUAACCUUGUUGCCCUAAUUUAGGGGCUAGAAGAGGAGAGAAACUGGGUAUAAGCUUUUGAAGGGAAUUCGCGUUAGUGUUUGAUCGUAUGAUCGGUUCUGAUUGGUCGCACACCUCUGUAAAGCUAUAAUUCUGAGCAAAGGGGCUAAGUCUGUAAAGAAACUGUAAUUCUGCGUCGGUGGGAGAGCAUAACAAGGUAAUUAAGUGUUAUCAACUGAGUUGAUAACGUAAAUUAGGCCAGAAGUUUUAAACAGUUUAAAAGCUAGCGCUCGAAACGUCAGCUCUUUACGGUAGCUUAUACGUUAUCAACUCAGUUAAUAAUACUAAAUUACCAUAUAAUUCUAAGCCAUUUAAAGUAAGACUUGUAUAAAUUUCCAUUACUCGAAGUAAUUUUUUAUCUAUACUGCCUAGCGUGCCGAUUUUUCUCAUCCCGAGGAUUAACUUCUCCCUAUAAUAUCCAUACAUUAUCCAGCAAACAGGUAAUGAGAAUACACACACUUAUCAGGUAGAAGUAAUCUUGAUCUAACACCAAAUUCUUGGAACUAAUUAGCUAAGAAAUGUCUAGAGGAGAAAAUUAACAAUCAGACCUUUGGAGUUAAUUGAAAGGUUAAACACUUGUUGGGCACAAACAGAG